CUGCAAACAGGAAGUUUGACACAUGCAUAGCUCUUAGCUUCUGUGUAAGCAGUUGUUGAGCUCCUUCUGGAAAUAUUUUUAGUCACCUUAAGUAAAGUGUAAAUGUACAUGAAUGGCAGCUUAUAGAGAAGUACCCUGUAACCAGCAUACAGGUACAUCUACUGCUCUUCAGAAAUUGGAAGGUUUUGCUAGCCGGCUAUUUCAUAGACACUCUAAAAGUACUUCCCAUGAUCUGAAAACAGCUCUGGAAAAUGACAGCCUUCAUUUCUCUGAACAUACUGCCUUAUGGGACAAAUCAAUGAAAGAAUUUCUAGCCAAAGCCAAAGAAGACUUUCUGAAGAAGUGGGAGAAUCCUCCCCCGAAUAAUGCUGGGCUUGAGGAUUUUGAAAGGAAAAAAACUCUUGGAACAGGUUCAUUUGGAAGAGUCAUGUUGGUGAAGCAUAAAGCCACUGAACAGUAUUAUGCCAUGAAGAUCUUAGAUAAGCAGAAGGUUGUUAAAUUGAAGCAAAUAGAGCAUACUUUGAAUGAGAAAAGGAUAUUGCAGGCAGUGAAUUUUCCUUUUCUUGUUCGACUGGAAUAUUCUUUUAAGGAUAAUUCUAAUUUAUACAUGGUUAUGGAGUAUGUUCCUGGUGGCGAGAUGUUUUCACAUCUGAGAAGAAUUGGGAGAUUCAGCGAACCCCACGCGCGGUUCUAUGCAGCUCAGAUAGUGCUGACGUUUGAGUACCUCCAUUCGCUAGACCUCAUCUACAGAGAUCUAAAGCCUGAAAAUCUCCUAAUUGACCAUCAAGGUUACAUCCAGGUCACUGACUUUGGAUUUGCCAAAAGAGUUAAAGGCAGGACUUGGACGCUGUGUGGUACUCCAGAGUAUUUGGCUCCAGAAAUAAUCCUCAGCAAGGGCUACAAUAAGGCAGUGGAUUGGUGGGCGCUGGGAGUGCUAAUCUAUGAAAUGGCAGCUGGCUACCCCCCAUUCUUUGCAGACCAACCAAUUCAGAUUUAUGAAAAGAUCGUUUCUGGGAAGGUCCGAUUCCCAUCUCACUUCAGUUCAGAUCUCAAGGAUCUUCUGAGGAACCUGCUCCAAGUGGAUCUGACAAAGCGAUUUGGAAAUCUGAAGAACGGUGUCAGUGAUAUAAAAACCCACAAGUGGUUUGCCACAACAGACUGGAUUGCGAUUUACCAGAGGAAGGUUGAGGCUCCGUUCAUACCAAAGUUCAGAGGCUCUGGAGAUACCAGCAACUUCGAUGACUAUGAAGAGGAAGAUAUUCGUGUCUCUAUAACAGAAAAAUGUUCAAAAGAAUUCAGCGAUUUUUAGAGAGAUGGCAGCCGAGCUCACACUCAGUCUCCACACUCUUGAGAUGCAAGGUGGAGCCCAGAGCGCCCCUGCCGCGCAGUUACCUAUCCUUCAUUCCAGCAGCUGAGUGAGGUCUUACCGCCAUCGUGUGUGCGCUCUGCAUCCACCUCUAACCAGGCACCGCUCAGCAAGCUUUGUCCGUGCCGUGACACAGUUGAGACCACUUUCCUACUUUCUGGGUGUCUUUCUCCCCAUUCCUCCAGCCAUUUCUUCCUUUUCAUUAGUUUUCCUCUCUACCGUGCUCCAUUUUAUUUUGUAGGUGUUUGAUAGGGGCAGUGUUAACGGCUACGUGAUCUUUGAAAGGAAGGGUAAAUAUGGCUUUUAGUAGUUUUUGCCAGUAUUUUUGUUGGCCAAUGGCUUGAAAAUAAACUUACUAAUAAUCACUUUCACUUUGAGCAGCUCAGACUCAGUUUUGCCAAAAAUCCUUUACAAUCUUGGAAGAUGGACUGUCUUAUCGCCAAGGAAAUUUACACAAAUUAGGACAAUAACUUCCUUGGAAUUCACUAUUCUAGAAAUAUAGACAGAGUAGAUAGACCCAGCAAUUUGGAUUCCUAUAGACCAAAAAUUCUAUUUUCUUUUGUCUUUUCUCAUAUCCUCCUUCCCUGGAGUGACUCAGCGACCAGCCCAUACUGUGAGACUCACAAGUCUCAUUCUGCAAAAUCCAACUUUCUUGCUUGGAACCAGCACUUCUGUAGGUAUUAGGGAGGAGUUCUCUAAGACUUCUAAACCUUAACUCUUCCAUGAGAGUUUUAGCUGAUAUUUUAAUAGAACAAGCUUAUUAAAAGUGACAGAUUUAAAGGUUUCUCAUGUAGUCCUCAUUGUAAACUUUUUAAAGGAAAAGAAACUAAGACGGAUUUGAAUGGAUACUUUGCUAAGUCAAACAAAUCACUGGGUUCUUGCAAAGAAAGUAGAGGUACUCUUAAGUGAGGUUUUUUUGUUUGUCUUGUAACAGUUAAGAACAAAAGAAGUUGCAUGGUCUUAUUAUUCUGGUGUACUAUAUUUAUAAUCCUAAGGGAGGGGCACUGUUGUAUCUCCUAGUUUCACCCCAUGCCUCAGCAGUGAGGAAAAGGGACAGAGUUUAUAAAACUGCCACAUUUGUAUUUUAAUUUUGAGGUGUGAUAUUUUUAGAUAUGUUAUAAUUUCUAACCUCUUUUCUUGCAGUAAACAGAAUGUAUGAUCAUGCAGAUACAGUUUUAGUAUUUGAGUUUAGUUAUUUUUUAUACUUU